AUGAGCGAAGCUCUGUGCCCUCCCAGGUUCUCAUUUGAGCACGAUCAACGCCAAAGUCCGUUGUUCUCACGUCUCCCAUCCGAGGUGCGCGCGGAGAUCUUCGCGUUUGUUCUGUCCAGCUAUGAUGACAUGGCUCGAGCAUAUCAAAAAGAAACCUACUGGACUCGACCGGGCCAUUAUGGACCGCAGCAUGUCUCCACAGACCUCCUGAGAACGUGCAAGCGAAUCUACACGGAAGCGUGGUUUAUGCCAUUCAUUUACGCCGAGCAUACGGAGUACCUCACCGCGAUGGACAGAAAGCCACGGUCGGCCACAUGGAGUGACUGUCUCCAGAUAAUGGACGCCGACUAUGCGAAACUCCAACCACGUUUUGUUCGCAUCUUCGCGCAAAUGUGGGUACUCGAGCCGGGCGACCGGUUCCAAGAGACACUGGACAUGCAGCAUUUCUAUCCCAAGAAGAUCACACUCACCAUUCGAUAUACCGACUUCUGGUUUUGGGAGGACGAUGAACCGCUCCGGAUUGAUUCAACCUGGGUGAAUAAGGUUCGUUUCCCACACAGUGUCUCGCGGUUUUGUAUCGAAUUUGAAUCGAUUGAGCGACGAAAAAAUGAGGUGGACUAUAUCGCCCGCGAAGCCGCAGAGAAGUGGUACUUCCGUCGGAAAGAUGGGUUCCUACUUACUCCAUGUGAAAGCGAGACGUCGGUGUUCAAAUGGACUGGUAGCUCAUGUUUGGGGAAUGAGCGCUGGAUCCGCGAUGAGGUUCGACCAGGAGAAUUGGAUUAUCAUGUUAGGACAGUGACAUGGAAGCGAUCGAGAGAGCAAGAGGCGCGGCCCCGCUGUCCGUGUCUCCAAGUCCCCGAUUCCAUGCAACGGGAAUUACCCCCAUACCUUACGGGUCCUCCAUUUCUGUUUGUUGAUGACCUUCGCACGGCUGCAAUACCUAGCAGUGUGCCCGCUGCUGAAGCAUAUGAAGCGCUGGAGAAAUAUCGCGAGGCUCAUAAUCCAGACUACGACUCCUAUGACGAUAGUGAUGAUUAA